AUGCUCACGCCUGAAGCCGCCGUGCCCUUUGCAGAGGUCACCGGCAUGGCCAAUAUCUGGCCAGUGGAUCCGGCCGAGAGGCAGGGUGGCGACUGGCGAGCCGGCUACCCGUGGCUUUUGGGCGCACCUCUGGUGGUGUUGCGCGCUCUGCGCGGCGCCACCGGCGGCGCGUCGGAGUGGCGGCCGCCACUCGCGUGGACCAAGGGCGCGCUCGGCAAAUUCCUGCGCUUUGCGCAGGGUCACAACCCCUGGGCCAGUUGUUGGAGUGCCGCAAACCGCAAUGCGGCAUUGUGCGACUACCGCAUCGUGCCGCAGCUGCACCGCUUCUCCUCGGACAUCAUCGUGAACUCGGUCCGCUGCGAGGACGCGGUCAGCACCGCGCCGGAUCUCUUCUGA